GUCGGUAGGGUCGUCCUAAAACUUAUUCCACGGGAGGCGCUGAUUGAUGAUAACAGUGAUACCCGCGCGCGCGGUGCUUCUUGAUCAUGAUUCUGGAAAUUUGUGGGUGGGGGAUGCCAUCAACCCGUUUUUCCACCAAAGAUUGAAACUUUAAUAAAGCAAAAUCGGGGGGAGUCACUUUAACAUCCUGAGCAUGAUCAUUGAAAGGCAAAAGAAUCUAAAAUUUUACGGGAGAGCAUAGAGCUCCUUACAUUAAUUAUGAAAAGUUUGCUUUUGACUUUAUGCUGUCGGUAAGUUGAAACGUCCAAUGGCCCAUGUUGGCUAAAAUUAGUUUUUAAGAGUGGAAGACUUGAAAUGUCCAAAACUUAGUUGACCAGCUAAUAGCUUCGAUCGGGGUGGUCGUCACCGAGAAUAAUCACUUGCGCUCAAUUGAGAUUCUUCAGCAUUCGAUUUUAGUUUAGAUUUGCAAGAUCGUGAUAUAUCAAAAUGCACUUGAAGGUGGUGGGAUUUCUGGAUGAAUCAACUGCCUUGAGUUCUCAACUCAGUACGGAUGAUUCAGAAGAUAAACAGAAGUUAGUUAGUCAACAAGUCCUUCGGAUUGUGCGUGAGAAUUUUCAAAAGCCCAGCAUGGAUCAAGUUAGUUUUAUGCCGCUCCUAUAACCUCGUCCUCCACAUCCCACGUUCAAAAAAAGAUCCCAUUUCCACGCUGUCAAAACUCAUCAUGAUCCAGAACAACUAAUAAAGCGCAGAGAGAGAGAGAGAGAGAGAGAGACCCCACAAAAACCAUGGAAGCCUCGAGUGUAGAUCCAAUAGGAAGUGCUGCCGACAACCAACUGUACAACAAGUUCCAGAACUUUGAAACAAGAACGGAAUCCUAUAAUCUGUACAACCUCGGCAAUUCUAAUAAAAGCCUGGUCCAAGUCAUUCGGCUCCUGAGGAGCAACUCUCCACGAAUCCUCAUGGCCUCACUUCAGCAUGGAUUUCGUAGGUUACCGCCGCAGUGGAAGGGAAUGGCGAGGCGCUACGACUCGGCCGCGGAAGAGACUGUAAGAGAGAGACGAGCCGCGAUCGAGAGCGGUAGGUUGAAGGGAAGGAGAUUGUUCGAAAUGCUGGACUCGGGAGAUGGAGAAGCGGAGAUAUGCAGUGGGUGGAGUGGUGUAACUGAUGAUGAUGAUGACAGCGACGACGACGAUGAUGUUGUGUGUUGUGGGAAGAUCAAGAUGAGUGAGGAAGUGGUGGCAGUGGAGGAUGGCGGUUACUGCGCCUCGUUGUCGUCAUCUUCGUCUUCUCCAGGGAUAGGGGAAAUCAAGAAGAAGAGAAAAAUGGUAAGGGGGUUGAUAACGGGUCGGAGAUGGAUCGGGAUAGUUUCAGUACUGCUCGCAGUUGCCAUAGUUGCCAUGAGAAGCUGUGCAAGUGGCCAUGGCAGCGAUGGCCACAUGAAUCUCGUCCCUACUUGACAGUUAAAAACAUCUACUCUUGAUGAUUCUUCAGGCUUUGCUGCUUAUGCAAUAGUUCCAUUUGUGCAUUGCAUGGUUAUGAAAUCACAGUCACUGCCAUGCUCGUCUGCAUCUAUUCUGUCUUUGUGGUUUUACCUUGAUUCUUCGCUUGCCUAUGUUGUAGAAUUGAGAUGAUUUAGAAAUUGACGUGACAAUCGCUCCCGCUUA